AAACACAACCUAGGUGAAAUUAACCUUUCAGGAGAAUUCUACAUCAUUGCAUUUUCAGAAGCUACGAAAAGGCAAGAGAAUGGAAUUCAAACUCGGCGACAAAGUAGUAGCCUUGUACGACAUUUACUACAAAAAUAGUAACGAAUUGUUGUUCAAAAAAUUCGAAAAAUUGACAGUACGUGAUGACGACUCCAAACAUUGGCUUAGGGUCCAAAAUCCCGCAACAGGAUCGAAAGGUUAUGUUCCUAAACAUUAUGUAGCACCUUUCAACAGUCCUCAGAAAGACUGGUUCUUUGGCAACUUAACACCAAGGCAAGCCAAAAAGUUAUUAAUGAAAUCUAAAUACCCAAAGGGAACUUUUUUGGUAAGGAAUUCUCAGUCGAAGCCUUCAAAUUACGUUCUGAGCAUUAAAAAAGGAAGUCCCUGCGAGGGAUACUACGUACGCCAUAUUAGGAUAAAACCUUAUGGAGAACAUUCGUUUCAUAUUGGAAGUGACAAGAAGAAGUUUGACAGUCUUAAAGAUUUGAUGGAGUACUACAUAAAAAAAGGUGAAAUAGGAGGCAGGCUAUUAUCAAAACCAUGCAAUAAGGAAAUGUCUUACGUCCACGAUACCAAUGCAAGAAGCUCAACAUCAAAGCAAGACAACUGGGAAAUUCCACUUGAAGACAUCACCAUAAAUAAGAAAUUGGGACAAGGUUCUUUUGGUGUCGUAUAUGCAGGAAUAUGGAGAAAGAAGAUCAACAUAGCAGUAAAAGCAAUGGUGGAGAGCAGUAUUUCAUCACUGCAGGACUUCCACAAUGAAGCAAAGAUUAUGAAAAAGCUAGAGCAUCCUCACAUCCUACCAUUGUUCGGCGUUUCUAAGUCCCCAAAUGAUGGCAAGAUUUUUAUUGUCACCGAGUUAAUGGAACGUGGUUCAUUGUUAAGCGUAUUAAAUGACAGAAGUAACAAAUUGGAUAAGUAUGAUCUUCUACAAUUCGGCGCACAAGUUGCUGAUGGUAUGGCUUAUUUAGAACGUAAAAAGUACAUCCAUCGCGAUCUGGCAACCAGAAACGUCUUGGUAGAUCAAGAAUUUGAUGUCAAAAUCAGCGAUUUCGGUCUCAGUAGAACGAUUAAUUAUGAUGUUUACAUGGCAAGGACUGGUAUUUGUCCCAGAAGAUGGACAGCUCCUGAAGCUCUACAGAAUCGAUUGUUUUCCACAAAAUCUGACGUUUGGAGUUAUGGGGUCUUGUUGUUUGAGAUAUUUACUUUAGGCAAGCUUCCUUACGCCCAAAUGCAUGACAAUCAAGACUUUGUUUCUCUAUUGAAGAGUGGAUACAGACUACCCAAGCCCGAGCACGCCGAUAGAAAAGUUUAUAAUUUGAUGAAGGAUUGCUGGAAUUGGGAUGCAAAUAAAAGACCAGCUUUUAAAAAAAUUUAUGCUUACAUGGAUGAACUGUUAGAAGAGGAAAGUUGUUGCCAUUCCACAGACGAAGAUUAAAGAUGCACUCGCAUAUUUCCAUACCAAUAAUAAUAUAGUCAUAUUUUUAUUAACUUCUCGAAGGAGAAAUUUAC